UUAAACCAUUUCGUCAACUCUCGAUUCUUCCUCGGCAGCCAAGAGUCGGUGAUUCACUGAUAAACUGACAAAAUGGUGGGACCUCUUAGGCCUCGGUUUGUCCUCUUUGGAUCCUCCAUUGUCCAGCUCAGCUUCAGCAAUGGCGGUUGGGGCGCCAUUCUCGCCGACGUUUACUCUCGCAAAGCGGACAUUAUUCUUCGAGGAUAUUACGGAUGGAACUCACGACGUGCCGUUGAGGUUCUUGAUCAAGUUUUUCCCAAGGAUGAUGCUACACAGCCUUCUUUGGUGAUUGUUUAUUUUGGUGGUAAUGAUUCAAUGGGGCCUCACUCAUCUGGCCUAGGUCCUCACGUUCCGCUUUCUGAAUAUGUUGAAAACAUGAAAAAGAUUGCAAAUCAUCUCAAGAGUCUUCCAGGUGGUACCCGCAUUAUUUUUCUAAGUUGUCCUCCUGUUGAUGAAGACAGAGUUAAUCGAGGCACAAGUGGAAUUUUUAGUGAGCUAGUUAGAACAAAUGAGCUAUGCAAGAAUUACUCAGAAGCUUGUAUAAAGAUGUGCCAGGAGUUAGAUGUGAAUGUGGUUGAUCUUUUCACUGCAUUUCAGCAGAGAGAGAAUUGGAUGACUGAUUGCUUUACAGAUGGAAUUCAUUUGUCUGAGGAGGGGAGUAAGAUUGUGGUGGCAGAGAUACUGAAAGUGCUCAAAGAAGCUGAGUGGAAGCCAUCUCUGCACUGGAAGUCCAUGCCCACUGAAUUUGCAGAGGAUUCGGCAUAUGAUCUUGUGGCAGCUGAUGGAAAGACUACGUUAAAUCCUUCUGAAUGGACAUUCCACAGAGAGAUUCAAUGGGACUAGGCUGCGGUUUCAGAAUCAUCCUAAUACUAUUUUGUCCUAUAAUGGAACUGUCGGCCAAAAAUCUCACAACCAAAAAGGAAAAGGUUUAAAUGAUAAACACCCGAAAUCAGAGAUUGAGGGAUGAAUCAACUUAAAACAUUUUAGUGUAUCAGCCUGAAAUUGUAAAGCUGAGAAUAGAACCAUUCAUCCUUAAUAUUGUCGUAUGUUAU